AAUGCCCUGAGACCUGUGUGUCUGUAUAUUAUGACGUCACAUCCCUUUUAUUUCCCCCGGGCGAGAGGCAAGAUGGUUCCCCCGGUCCAGGUUUCGCCGCUGAUCAAGUUCUCCAGAUACUCAGCACUGCUACUUGGAAUUAUCUAUGGGAAGAAAAGACAUGACUACCUGAAGCCUAUCGCUGAGGAGGAAAGGAGGAUAGAAGAAGAGGAGAAAAAGAAGCGUGAAGAAAUGGAACGAAUUGCGAAAGAGCUUAGAGAAGCCUCUGAAGAUACAAUACUGAAAUAAACCUGCUUGAUCUUCAUAUUAACUUUCAAUAUCCAGUGUUUGGAAGAAUGAGUGGAAUGAUCUUAAGUGUUGAACAGAAACUUACGUCAAUAAACAGUUGUCAUCAGUAGUAGUCA